UGCCCAUUUACGAUACGAAGCAUGAUAAACAACAGCGCGGCGGGCAAAUGACGGUGGGUGUCCGCUGUCACAGUUUUGCUUCGAUUUUUAGCAGGAAAAGUUACAGAAAUCAUGGAUUCCAACAACAUGACUACAACCACUACUUCGUCGAGCACCUUAUCCACCUCAACAAGCACGAAUUCCACCUCCACGACUACCUCAACGAGUGACAAUGUCACGGAACAUUCUUACUCGACAAACAUGGUCGAUCUGGACACACUUUCUCCCAAGGAAAAGCGGUUUCAUUUCUUGAAGUUGAAGUGCGAGAGGAUUCGGCAUUUUAUCUUACACGGCAGGCCCCCUCCUGGAAUGAAUACUAGCGAAGUCAGGAACCUACGGAAUCAAGUCAAGGCGCAUAUUUUAGAUCGUGCGAAGCAAACGUUAUAUUACACCGGGGGCAAGGUGGACAUCAAGAAGCGGGUAGUCGUAGACAUGGACGAAGUGAACGACAUCAUGAAGCAUUGUCACAGCAACCCAGCGGGGGGACACAGCGGGAUUAACGGCACACUGACUAAAAUAUCACAGCAUUACACAUGGAAUGGUAUGAAGGAAGACGUCAGCAACUUUGUCAGUUCUUGCGAACGCUGUCAAACAGGUGACAGGAACAAGAACAAGGCGACCCCGGCCAAGACGAUGAAACUCAAACUGACGCAGGCUCUGGAGGUUGUGGGAAUGAAUUUCAUAGGGCCCCUACCAGUUUCAAAUGAAGGCUGCAAGUUUGUCUUAGCCUUCACUGAUUACUACACCAAGUUUGUCGACUUCUUUCCUUUGAAGACCAAAUCGAACGUCGGCGUGACUUGGUGCAUUAAGACAUUCAUCUACAGGUGGGGAGCACCGAAAGGGUUGCUUCUCAGCCAAGACGAUGACUAUAUUAUACAGCUUAAUACAGAGAUUGGUAAAUCACUCAACUUCCCCGGUCUGAUAGUGACCAGCUCAGACCACCCACAGACCAGCAGUAUUAGCGAACGCACCAAUCAGAUGCUGACCACACAUCUGAACAAGCUGGUCAGCGAGUAUCCAGACAACUGGGCACGUAACUUGGAGGAGUUAGCGUACUCCAUACGAACACAGGAACAGUUACCUCUUAAAUCCUCUCCCUUCUUCCUGAUGUUUGGACGCCAUCCUAGGUCAUCUUCAGGGAUGGAGCCAGUAAUAGAUUUCAUGAACAUCGACAGCAACUCGAUCGACACAAAUUCCAGGGGUGGCGCUGAAUUUCCUAAGCAAUCCAUGCGUGUCCCUCAAUUCGAUGACGAAUACCAGACUCAGUGGAGGGGAACUUGUCUGGAUUCUGCUUAUCAGAUCCUGCAGAUGGCCGAGUAUGAAAGCUUAAAAUUCAGGACGGAGACCACAGACGACAAUGAAUACAUGGUCAUCACGAGAACGGGAACAUUUGGCGCUGUAGGCCUUCCCACUGAUCUGGCCAGCAUAACGUUGGACCGUCACGGCAAACUGACCUACCAAGCCGUGUACCAACAAGCCGUAGAGCACCGACUCUUCGACGGCGAGGCGUUCGACGUGGCCAUGUUCUGCGGCCUGCUCAGGAAGCUGACCAAGAUGCGGUUCUGUAGAGGCAUCCCGGAGGCUCACAUCACGGACGGCGACAUGCACUGUGUCAAGACCCUAGGCUACCCUGUACUCCGAUACCAGGCUGAGAAAUGCCAGAUCUUCUACGAACAGACCAGCAACGACAGUAACAACAGUCGCACACCGUACCGCUGCGUCAGUUGCAAGUACGCCAGCAAGUUCCUGCUGAAGAAGAACAAACAGGGGAAGCUUCUAGUCCAAAACAAGAGGGAGUUGAAGAGAACGUUGCCGAUGGGUGACUAUUACUCAGAGAUGUCUUCACGAGGUCCAAGAGAUUGGAUGGACAGGGAGAAGGAGAGAUGCCAACAGGGCGGGAACGUGCUUGGGGGAUCCAUGGGUUCAAGACCUCAUGAAGCGACGAUUCCAAACAAUGAUUGUCAUGAUUUGAGGGACAUUGUUCAGGCGAUUAACAGCGAGUGUAAUGUUGAUCUCAGCGAUGUUGUGUUUAGUGGGCCGUCGCAUGUCAGUAACGUAGACAGAAUGCCUGAUAAUAUGCAGUGAUCGAUCCUGAUCACAAAUGGAUUUCCGAUAUGUUCAACUCAAAAAGAAUUUUUUUUGUCUGCAUGGAUGCAAGUCAGGGUUAAAAAGUUGUAAAAACUUUGGACAAAAUUUGUCAUCCUUUAAAG